AAUCCCCCUCUCUCUCUAUCUAUCUUCCGAUAAAUCAAUAUAAUCAUCAACAACAACAACAACAACCAUCAUGCCUCUCCUUCUCCUCCACCUCCUUAUUUUCUUGCAACUCGGAUCUUCAAUCGGCUGACUCGCUCCUCCUCCUCCAUAUCGCUUCUCUUCUCCCUUUCCCCAACUCAGUAACUCGGUUUAAGAUGGAGCCCAUGGAUAUCGUCGGCAAGUCCAAAGAGGACGCUUCGCUUCCUAAAGCAACUAUGACCAAAAUCAUUAAGGAGAUGUUACCCCCGGAUGUGCGUGUUGCGAGAGAUGCUCAAGACCUUUUAAUUGAGUGUUGUGUAGAGUUUAUAAACCUCAUCUCAUCAGAGUCUAAUGAAGUUUGUGGCAGAGAGGAGAAAAGAACGAUUGCACCCGAGCAUGUGCUCAAGGCGUUACAGGUUCUUGGGUUUGGUGAAUACAUUGAUGAAGUUUAUGCAGCUUAUGAACAACACAAGCUUGAGACCAUGCAGGACUCUCUAAAAGGUGGCAAGUGGAGCAAUGGAGCCGAGAUGACUGAGGAAGAAGCAUUGGCUGAGCAACAGAGAAUGUUUGCAGAGGCCCGUGCAAGAAUGAAUGGCGGGGCUGCUCCCCCCAAGGAACCGGAUUCUGACCAAACUUUAGACAGCUAACUCUAGAAUCUUUGUUUUUGAGCCUUAGGCAAGCACACUUGACACUUCCAUCGGUGCUUUUAGUAUCUCUUAUGUUAUGUACAAAAAAUUGACAAGUUUGCUGGUCUACUGUAUAAGCACACGCUUCAAUUUGUAUUCUAUCUAUGGAUCCAUGUCUAUAAGUUAAUGUAAUUAGUGAGAGUUUGUCGUAGUCAUUACCUCUUUCUGAACCAUAUGUAAUUAUUUUGUUUUUAGUUAUAUCUUUGGAAAGGGUGGGUUCAA